CCGCCCCUUGCCACUCCUCCUGCCUCUUUUCCGAGUCCUCCCUCUCCCAGGACUAUGAGGCUAGCUGGUGGCUGUGGCUGAGUUUCGGUUGCUGGGUGACAAGUCCGAGCUGGGAAAGUAGGGAUAAUGGCAGAAACUGCUUCUCCGCUGAAGCACUUUGUGCUGGCUAAGAAGGCAAUUACUACAAUCUUUGGCCAGUUACUAGAGUUUGUUACUGAAGGAUCGCAUUUUGUUGAAGCAACAUACAGGAAUCCAGAACUUGAUAGAAUAGCCACUGAAGAUGAUCUGUUGGAAAUACAGGGGUAUAAAAACAAGCUUUCUGUUAUUGGUGAGGUGCUAUCUCGGAGACACAUGAAAGUUGCAUUUUUUGGCAGGACAAGCAGUGGAAAGAGCUCUGUUAUCAAUGCAAUGUUAUGGGAUAAAGUUCUCCCUAGUGGGAUUGGCCAUACAACCAAUUGCUUCCUGAGUGUCGCAGGAACUGAUGGUGAUAAAGCCUAUCUUAUGACAGAAGGAUCGGAUGAAAAAAAGAGUGUGAAGACAGUUAAUCAGCUGGCCCAUGCCCUCCAUAUGGACAAAGACUUGAAAGCUGGUUGUCUUGUGCACGUGUUUUGGCCAAAGGCGAAAUGUGCCCUCUUGAGAGAUGACCUGGUUUUAGUAGACAGUCCAGGCACAGAUGUCACAACAGAGCUGGAUAGCUGGAUUGAUAAGUUUUGCCUCGAUGCAGAUGUCUUCGUUUUGGUUGCAAACUCUGAAUCAACACUAAUGAACACGGAGAAGCAUUUUUUUCACAAGGUGAAUGAACGACUUUCGAAGCCUAAUAUUUUCAUUCUAAAUAAUCGUUGGGAUGCCUCUGCAUCAGAGCCAGAAUAUAUGGAAGAUGUACGCAGACAACACAUGGAAAGAUGUAUGCAUUUCUUGGUGGAGGAGCUCAAAGUUGUGGAUCCUUUAGAAGCACGGAAUCGUAUCUUCUUUGUUUCAGCAAAGGAAGUUCUUAGCGCUAGAAAACACAAAAUACAGGGGUUGCCAGAAGGUGGUGGGGCACUUGCUGAAGGAUUUCAGGCAAGGUUACAGGAGUUUCAGAAUUUUGAACAAAUUUUUGAGGAGUGUAUCUCGCAGUCAGCAGUGAAAACAAAGUUUGAACAGCACACUGUCAGAGCUAAGCAGAUACUAGACACUGUGAAAAACAUAGUGGAUUCAAUAAACGUGGCAGCAGCAGAAACAAGGGUUUAUUCAAUGGAAGAGAGAGAAGAUCAAAUUGAUAGACUGGACUUUAUUCGAAAUCAGAUGAAUCUUUUAACACUGGAAGUUAAGAAAAAAAUCAAGGAAGUUACUGAGGAGGUGGCAAACAAGGUUUCAUGUGCAAUGACAGAUGAAAUCUGUCGGCUGUCUGUUUUGGUUGAUGAAUUUUGUUCUGAGUUUCAUCCUAUUCCAAGUGUAUUGAAAGUAUAUAAAAGCGAGUUAAAUAAACACAUAGAAGAUGGUAUGGGAAGAAAUUUGGCUGAUCGGUGUACCAAGGAAGUCAAUGCCUCAAUGCUUCAAUCCCAGCAGGAAAUUAUUGAAAAUUUGAAGCCAUUGCUUCCAGCUGAUAUGCAGAAUAAACUUCAUACAUUGAUCCCUUGCAAGAAGUUUGAUCUUAGUUAUGACCUAAAUUGCCAUAAGUUAUGUUCAGAUUUUCAAGAAGAUAUUGUAUUUCGUUUUUCCCUGGGCUGGUCAUCCCUUGUUUAUCGAUUCUUGGGCCCCACAAAUGCUCAGAGGGUGCUACUUGGAUUAUCAGAGCCCAUCUUUCAGCUCCCUAGAUCUUUAGCUUCAACUCCCACUGCACCUACUAAUCCAGCAACGCCAGAUAACGCAUCACAGGAAGAACUCAUGGUUACUUUAAUAACAGGAUUAGCUUCUCUUACAUCAAGGACUUCUAUGGGCAUCAUAGUUGUUGGAGGAGUGAUUUGGAAAGCUAUAGGUUGGAAACUUGUGUCUGUUUCAUUAAGUAUGUAUGGAGCACUGUAUCUUUAUGAAAGGCUGACCUGGACCACCCGUGCCAAAGAGAGAGCCUUCAAACAGCAGUUUGUGAACUAUGCAACUGAGAAACUGCAGAUGAUUGUUAGCUUCACAAGUGCAAACUGCAGCCACCAAGUACAACAGGAAAUGGCUACCACUUUUGCUCGCCUGUGCCAACAGGUUGAUACUACUCAAAGGCAUCUGGAAGAAGAAAUUGCUAGAUUGUCCAAAGAAAUAGAUCAAUUGGAAAAAAUACAAAACAAUUCAAAGCUUUUAAGAAAUAAAGCCGUUCAACUUGAAAAUGAGCUGGAGAAUUUUACUAAGCAGUUUCUGUGUUAAAGCAAUGAAGAAUCUCAACAAUAGAGAUUGCUCUGAUGACCAUGAUAGGUGGAAAGGGAACUUGGAAGAUGGGGACAGUUGUUAUUUUUAUGAAAUGACUUCAAGAUGAAUUACACUAACUGUACUAAAUAGCAAAUCCCUGUGAAGAUUCUGGUAAUUAUUCAGGCUGUUUGCAUUUCUGAAGAGAGUUAUGGUAGGUCCUUUGUUUUAAUUUUGGGUUUAAAAAAAAGAGACAAAAUUGUUUGUGUUAACAAUGAAUUAGUUAAAAGCAAUAGAACCAACUGUGUGACCCCUGAGGGGGCGGGUCCUUGAGCUCUUCAUUAGGGCUUGCUUUAUUUCUGAUUCUGAAAAACUCUGCUUCCUGGCAUCCAGGAGUUGGAGAGUGAUCCUUUCAUCUUUUUUCUCAAAACUAGUUUUUGAUGCCCUCUUUAAUGGGAAGUCAGUUUUUUGUUUUAUUUUAUGCUGCAUUGCUCUAACCAAGCAGGAUUGUGGAAUGUUCUUGAGUGUACUGUUUAUGCAACUUAACAAUCUCUUGGCCAUUGUGGCAGUAUGUAAACCACUAAUAAAUACAGUUUUUACCCCUUUUAAACUGACGUAAAAUGGUAUAAAGGUUUGUUCAUAUACUUAUAAAAGUAUCUAAAUUAAAAGUUUCCCAAUCUGUUUUUUAAGAAACAUUUUCAGCUUGCUGCAGUUUUGUUUUUUUUUUAAGCUUGCUGCAGUUUUUAAAGUCCAAUAAGGAAAACUUUUUCUGAAGAAUAAAGUUUGGAAUAUCAAAAAUAGCCAAAGAUACAGGAUGUCUGAAUUUGGGUGAUAACAAUAAUGUUUAAAAGUUCAUCAGCAGUAGGCACCUGCUUAAGAUUCUGCUGGAUUGUCUCCCACGAGAGGCUUUUACUUUUAUUUGAUUAUAUGAAUUUGCCCAGGCUUCAUUAAAAAUUACUGUACUUUUUACCUUA